CGCAGUUGGAAUCUAGUUAACGAACGAGAAAGACGGGCCAUGGGGUUUAUUAGUCACAGCUUGUGUAUCCUUUUAUUUUUUUCUCUCCAUCUCUUCGUGCAGCAGACGCCGUCUCCGGAUCCUCAAAGACGUCCAAAUGGAAAGCGCCCCGGCCGCGGCCGUGUUUCCGCCACACCAGCUAGCACUGCGAGCUGCAGCCACCAUCUAUCUCCUGUUUCUCGAUCGAGCUGUAACACAUCAGCGUCUGAAUUGUAAUCACGCGCGAUCGCGUAUCGUCUCCUUCCUGCAAAACCCCGGCCGCUAGCUUCCACCGCCGCGUUCCUGUCACCAUCGUCGCGGCGCGGCCAAGGCCAAUCCUGGCGGGGGGCUUAUAUCAGGUCCCUGGGCCACUGGCUUAACUAACGAAUUCCUCCUGUCGUUGCACUCUCCGCACUGCUCCUGCGCAGACGACGUACGUAGCCGUUGUUAUCGCAGCGCGCUGCCCCCUUGCACCGAUCACUAUCCUCCCCACCCGGCCCAUCGGCCGCGGCCGGUGCCGGCAAUGCGGUGGGCGCCCGGGCGGGCGGCCUACGUCCUCCUCGCGGCGGCGCUGUGGUGCGCCUCACUCACCCCGCGCGCGGCGCCGGACCUCGCGGCGGACCGGGCGGCGCUGCUCGCGUUCCGGGACGCGGUGGGGCAGCGGCUCCCGUGGGACGCGGCCGCGGCGUCGCCGUGCGGGUGGCGCGGCGUCAGGUGCGACCCCGCCGCCUCGCGCGUCACCGCGCUGCAGCUCCCUGGGGCCAGCCUUGUCGGCGCGGUGCCGCUCGGGACGAUCGGGAACCUCACGGCGCUGCGGACGCUAUCCCUCCGCCUCAACGCGCUGUCCGGCGGCAUCCCGGCCGACAUCGGGAGCUGCACGGAGCUCCGGCACCUGUACCUCCAAGGCAACCAGCUGGAUGGACAGGUACCGGAGGGGUUCUUCGACCUCGGGCUCCUGCAGCGGCUCGACCUCUCGAACAACCGCAUCGCCGGCGGGGUCUCGCCGGGCUUCAACAGGCUCCAGAGGCUCGCUACUCUGUACCUGGAGAACAACAGCCUGAAUGGCACGCUGCCGUCCAACCUUGACCUCCCGAAGCUUCAGCUUUUCAACGUGUCCAGAAACAACCUCACCGGCCCUGUUCCAAAGUCGCUCGCCCGUAUGCCCGCCAGCGCCUUUGAUGGGACAGGGCUCUGUGGUAACCCUCUAGCCCCGUGCCCAACCCCUCCGCCGCCGCCGUCUGUUCCGGCCGCUGCUAAUGGUAGCAUCAGCGCAAAGCUCUCUACUGGUGCGAUCGCCGGCAUUGCUGCGGGUGCUGCCGUGGCGUUCUUGGUUCUGAUCGCCGUGAUCUUGUUCCUCUGCUUUCGGUGUCAGAGGACAAUGGCCGAAAAAUCCGCGGAGACGGCAGCCGACGCCGACCUGGACGGGUCUCCCGUGUCGGUCACCGUGGCGAGCAUGGACAUGAAGAACGCGACGAGGCGGUCCUCGCAGGCCACGGCAGGCAACAGCGACAAGAAGCUGGUGUUCUUGGGAGCGGCGCCGGACGCGCCGUACGAUCUGGAGUCCCUUCUGCACGCGUCGGCCGAGGUGAUCGGGAAGGGCUGGCUGGGCACGACGUACCGCGCCACGCUGGAGGGCGGCGCCACCACCGUGGCCGUGAAGCGGCUCAGGGCGGCGCCCAUCCCGGAGCGGGAGUUCCGGGACAAGGUGAUCGCGCUGGGCGCGCUCCGGCACGAGAACCUGGUGCCGGUCCGCGCGUACUUCUACAGCCGGGAGGAGAAGCUGAUCGUGUACGACUUCGUGGGCGGCGGCAGCCUCUGCUCCCUCCUCCACGGCGGGAGCCCCGAGCGGCUGGACUUCGAGGCGCGGGCGCGCAUCGCGCUGGCGGCCGCGCGCGGCGUCGCGUUCAUCCACGGCGCCGGCCCCCGCUCGUGCCACGGCAACAUCAAGUCGUCCAACGUCCUCGUCGCCGACGCGCGCGACGGCGCCUACGUGACCGACCACGGCAUCCUCCGGCUCGUCGGCGCGCACGUGCCCCUGAAGCGCGUCACCGGGUACCGCGCCCCCGAGGUCACCGACCCGCGCAGGGCGUCGCAGGAGACGGACACGUACAGCUUCGGCGUGCUGCUCCUCGAGGCGCUGACGGGGAAGCCGCCGGUGAACUCGGUCCCCGGGAGCACCGGCGGCGUGGAGCUGCCGCUGUGGGUGCGCACGGUGGUGCAGGAGGAGUGGACGGCCGAGGUGUUCGACGCCAGCAUCGCGGUCGAGGAGCGCGUGGAGGAGGAGAUGGUGCGGCUGCUGCAGCUCGCCGUGGAAUGCACCGACGACCGGCCGGACCGGCGGCCUCGGAUGGCCGAGGUGGUGGCGAGGAUCGAGGUCAUCGUCCGGAGCGCGGAGCUGAAGGCGAAGGCCGACACGGAGGAUGACGACUUCCAUAGCAUCUCUCCCUAACCUGCCAGCGCGGUCGUUCUCUGUGGUUAUUUUCAGAUCUUGGGUGCACAUUGUGCGGCGAUGUACAUGUUCGUAACAUUAGUCGUUCUUCAUUA